UACGGGAAGUCGAGGCAGCAGUGACGCACUGGAGCACCAAAGCGGUUAAGAUAAAGUGUCAGAAGAAAGUCCAGGAUGCAGAGAAAUGCCACGAUUGCACAUCAUCUCUCAUUUCUUCAAAGUGUGGUCAGCCUGUAAAUAAGAGGAAGAAUACAAACUACAGGUUUAUAAGGAUCCUUCCUGCCAAUCACCAGGAUGUUGGCGCUCAACUGCUCUCGUGCAGCUCUUUCCUCAAAAGAUGAUGCAGUUUUCAGUGACGUUGGCUGCCCUGAGGCUGCUGUGCUGUGUGGGAUGAACAUCUCUUGGGUUGUGGCUAAUGCUACUGAAAAACAACUGGACGAAAUGUGCUUGAGUGUGACGGACUACCUGACUGUAUACCUGGGGACGCCCAGGUCUCCUGUGUUUCUUCCCGUCUGCAUCACCUACCUCACCAUCUUCAUGGUGGGUGUCCUGGGCAAUUCCCUCACCUGUGCGGUUAUUCUGCGCUACAGGGUGAUGCAGACGCCCACCAACUACUACCUGCUGAGCCUGGCCGUGUCUGACCUGCUGGUGCUGCUGCUGGGCAUGCCGCUGGAGCUCUAUGACAUGUGGCAGAACUAUCCCUUCCUGUUCGGGGAAGGUGGCUGCUACUUUAAAACCUUCCUGUUUGAGACUGUCUGUUUCGCCUCCAUCCUCAACGUCACGGCGCUCAGCGUGGAGCGUUACGUAGCUGUGGUGCAUCCACUCAAAGUCAAACACAUGACCACGCGUGCUCACGUCAAGAGGGUCAUCCUCACGCUGUGGGGUCUGUCCAUGCUGUGUGCCGCACCGAACACUAGUCUGCAUGGGGUGGUGGUUCUGCCCCCAAUUUUUGGCCGACAGUUUCCCCAAUCUGCUAUCUGUGAUAUGGUCAAGCCUACCUGGAUAUACAACCUGAUCAUUCUGAUCUCCACGGUGGUCUUCUUCCUGCUACCCAUGCUGAUCAUUAGCAUCCUCUACCUGCUCAUCGGCUUGCGUCUGCACAGGGAGAGGGUAAUGAUGGCGGCGGAUAAUAAUAGUAGCUUUGGAUCUGAAUGUGUCUCCAUUUCCCAUCAGCGGAGGCUGAGCAAACGCAACCUGCAAGUCACCAAAAUGCUGUGUGUGUUGGUGGUGGUAUUCGGUUUCUGCUGGGCUCCCUUCCACUUGGACCGCUUGGCGUGGAGCUACAUGGAUAAGUCGUCCGAGGAGCACAACAGGAUCUACGCACAUGUCCACAUCAUCUCAGGGGUCUGUUUCUACCUGAGCUCUGCCAUCAACCCUAUCCUCUACAACCUCAUGUCCACCAGGUUCAGGGAAAUGUUCAGUCAUAUUACGUGUUAUUCCAGCAACUGGUCGUCCCGCUCCAGCUCUCAGGUGACCCAACGCAGCACCUUGACCUUGAAGAUACAGACUUAGAAAUGGACUUUCAACCUUUCGACAAAGGAAUUCAGAGACAAAUGAAAGGAAAAACUUAAUAAUUGUACAAAGGUUCGGGUAGGGAUGUUAACGUUAUAUGCUGUGGCGUGGCUUUAUGUUUUGUGUGCAUUAUGUACAAGCUUGUUGAAACAAUCACUCGAUGGGACAAUAAAGACUAUGUAAAAUUGGAAA